AUGGAUAAGGCUGCUCAACGAAAGGCCAGAUUCGCUAAACCUGCAUCUACUCCCGGGUUGGUGAGUCGAGGGGAUGCUGUUCUAUCAAAAGCAGAGCAGGAGACGCUUUUCGAGCAGGUAAAAGCAUCACCUACUCCCUAUAAGGUCCGAAGCUUACGCGAAGCGGUAAUUGCAUCUGGGCCGUCGGAAUUUGGCUCGGAGGUUCUCCAGUUCUCCGUAAAAUAUGCAAUUGAUUCGCAAGAGAUUGCUACCUUGAAAAGCUCUUUGUCCUAUCUAUUGACAAAUGUGCAUCCCUCAUACCCGCUCGAAAAUCCUCAAUAUUUCCAGUCCCUCUAUUUGAUCGCGCUGUCUUUCCAUGAUUUGGAAGAUGCCGCUUCACACCUCGACGGCAGCAGCACUCUCCGUGCGUACCUCCAGGCCUAUGCCACCAGAGAUAUUGCUCGUUGGGUGGCUGUCAUCAAAGGUGAGAAGGACAAGACUCGUCAAAAACUAAUGUUGACGCAAAAAAAAUUAUUUAUUGACCAAGCCCGAAAACUAUCUGUAGCAUACAAAAAGGACGGCACCUGGAUCGAGGAAUUGCUGGAGUUUCAAUAG